AUGACCUCGCGCGUUUCCACGUCCGCUGCUGCUGCCACCUCCUCUGGUCGACCCUCCUACUCCGGCCGACGUCUAUCGAGGCGCCUGUCUACAGUCUCCAGUCUCGAACAUGGAGAGCCCAUCCCUCAGAUCACGCCGGCGGAACAGGCCAUCACCGAAGAGAUUGCAGAAAUAAAAAGGUAUGAAGACUUCACGACGAUAGAUUGGGUUCAAGAUGCGGCUCAAGCACAAGUGAGGAGACGCGCCAGGCGGAAAGAGUCCAGAUUCUUCGAAAGAGAUGGAGUUCUAGGAUGGCGCCGCAGACUUUGGGAAUCCUACGAUGCGGCUCAAGCAUGGAUUGUCAUAACACUGGUCGGCGUUGUUAUCGGCCUCAAUGCUGCCGCCUUGAGCAUCGUUACAGAAUGGCUGUCAGAUAUCAAGAUGGGCUACUGCACAACUGCCUGGUAUCUCAAUGAGGGCUUCUGCUGUUUUGGCUCCGAGGAAGGAUGUGAUGAAUGGAAGAGGUGGAGCUCAUUUGGCAUUGCCAACUACUUCAUAUACGCCAUCUUUGCCGUCCUUUUGUGCUUCCUAUCGGCCUACCUGGUCAAAAACUACGCUCCCUAUGCUGCCGGUUCGGGAAUUUCAGAGAUCAAAUGCAUCAUUGCUGGAUUCAUCAUGAAAGGCUUUCUCGGAUUCUGGACCUUCCUGAUAAAGUCAAUCUGUCUACCUCUGGCCAUCGCCUCAGGAUUGUCUGUCGGCAAAGAAGGCCCAAGUGUACAUUACGCGGUCUGCGUUGGUAAUGUCAUCUCGCGAUUCUUCGACAAAUACAAACGGAGCGCAUCCAAGACUCGAGAGAUCCUGACAGCGACAGCAGGAGCAGGAGUGGCGGUGGCUUUUGGAAGUCCCAUUGGCGGAGUUUUGUUUUCGCUUGAGGAAAUGGCCUCACACUUUCCACUCAAAACACUAUGGCGGAGUUACUUUUGUGCUCUUGUGGCGACGGCAGUUCUGAGUGCCAUGAACCCCUUCCGAACAGGUCAACUUGUCAUGUUCUCAGUGAAGUACGACAGAGACUGGCAUUUUUUUGAGAUUGUCUUCUACAUCAUUCUGGGUAUAUUUGGUGGGCUGUAUGGCGCCUUCGUCAUCAACUGGAACCUCAAAGCUCAAGCAUUCCGAAAGAAGUACCUGUCGAAAUACGCCAUCCCGGAAGCUGUAAUCCUUGCUGGGGCUACAGCUCUUCUAUGCUACCCGAACAUGUUCCUCAGGAUCGAUAUGACUGAGAUGAUGGAGACGUUAUUCCGAGAAUGCGAGGGUGACUAUGAUUAUGAUGGGCUUUGCGAUAGGCGAAACAGAUGGUCUCUCAUUACGUCUUUGGCGGCUGCAACUGUUAUGAGAACUCUUCUUUUCAUCGUCUCCUAUGGCUGCAAGGUACCAAGCGGUGCGUUCGUGCCAUCAAUGGCGAUCGGCGCUUCGUUCGGAAGAAUGCUAGGGAUCAUCGUUCAGUGGCUGCAUGAAUCAUUUCCAGACUCUCGAUUCUUUUCAGCAUGUCAACCAGACGUACCCUGCAUCACUCCUGGCACAUACGCUUUCCUAGGCGCCGGAGCUGCUCUCAGCGGGAUCAUGCACCUGACAAUCUCCGUCACAGUCAUAAUGUUCGAACUCACAGGAGCUCUGACUUACAUCCUGCCUACUAUGAUCGUGGUGGGCGUCACAAAAGCCGUAGGUGACAGGUUCAGCAAGGCCGGCAUCGCCGAUCAAAUGAUAUGGUUCAACGGCUUCCCAUUUCUCGAUAACAAGGAGGAACAUACUUUUGGCGUUUCCGUGUCGCAGGUAAUGACCGGAAACAUCAGUAUGCUUUUCGCGACAGGUAUGGAAGUCAAAGCCGUACAAAAGCUACUCAAUGACACGACGUACUCCGGCUUUCCUAUCGUUGAAGACAAAGACGCCAGGAUCUUGAUCGGGUACAUCGGACGUACUGAGCUUCAAUUCGCUAUCGACCGAGCCAAAAAGCAAGGCAUGCUCGCACCAGAUGCAAAAUGUACCUUCGCCAUGGAACGCGACGACAGCGCAGAAACACUAGCACCACUCAGUCCAACAGUCACAUUCGACUCCAUAGCCUUACAUACCGUUGAUUUCAGCACCUUCGUCGACUCGACCCCGAUCACCGUGCAUCCUCGCCUACCUCUCGAAACCGUCAUGGAGCUCUUCAAGAAAAUGGGCCCGCGGGUAAUCCUUGUCGAACAUCACGGUCGUCUCGAAGGUCUUGUCACUGUGAAAGACUGCUUGAAAUACCAAUUCAAGGUCGAAGCCCAAGAGCAUGCAGCCGCCCUCAGGGACGAUUCGAACGGGCAAAACGAGCGUUUCGCCGACGUGCUCACCAAGAUUGGCGAGUAUAUCGCUGACAAGAUCAACAAUUUAUCACAAGGAAAAUUGAGAUUAAGCCCUCGCACCGCGAAUGGUUGGGUUAGGGUGACUCGAGAUGAGAGCAGACAUGAUUUUGCUGAUGAUUAUCAUAACGAGCAUGAGAUCCUGGACGGGACCGAGACAGGGGGUGUUGAUAUUGUCGACCAUGAAAGAUAUGGCGUUGAGAUGCAUACGAGAUGA